AACAAAGCUUUUAAAAAGAAAAAAAAAAGGAUUUGCCAGAUAAGAAGAUGGGAGCAAACAGCAGCAGCCUUAGUGAGCUGCCAGAAAAUGACUACUUAAAAAAAUUGUCGGGAGCUGAAGCAAUCUCUGAGAAUGACCCCUUCUGGAAUCAGCUGCUUUCAUUUAGUUUUACUACCCCAACAAACAGUGCCGAGUUAAAGCUCUUGGAAGAAGCCACCAUAUCAGUCUGCAAAUCUUUAGUUGAGAACAAUCCUCGGUCAGGAAAUCUUGGAGCGUUGAUUAAAGUCUUCCUUUCUAGAACCAAGGAGUUAAAAAUUUCAGCAGAAUGUCAGAACCACCUCUUUAUUUGGCAGGCCCACAAUGCAUUGUUUAUUAUUUGCUGUUUGCUAAAAGUGUUCAUCAGUCAGAUGACAGAAGAGGAACUGCAACUUCAUUUUACGUACGAGGAGAGAACACCUGGCUUAUACGGAGUGGAACAUGAAGAUCUGAUAGAAGAAUUGCUAUGUUGUCUCAUCCAGCUCAUUGUUGAAAUUCCUCUUCUAGAUAUAACAUACAGCAUUUCCUUGGAAGCUGUGACGACGCUGAUUGUCUUCCUUUCCUGCCAGCUCUUUCAUAAGGAAAUUCUGCGGGAGAGCAUCAUUCAUAAAUACCUGAUGCAUGGGCGAUGUCUCCCAUAUACCAGCAGACUUGUGAAGACAUUGCUAUACAACUUCAUUAGACAAGAAAGGAGCCCUCCCCCAGGCACCCAUGUCUUUCAGCAGCAAACAGAUGGAGGAGGAUUGCUUUAUGGAAUUGCAUCAGGGGUGGCAACUGGCUUGUGGACGGUGUUCACAUUGGGUGGUGUGGGAAGUAAACCAACACCACAACAGGAACAGUCCUCACCUCUAGCAAAUCAAAGCCUUCUGCUGCUGCUUGUGCUAGCUAAUUUGACUGAUGCACCAGAUUCACCAAAUCCAUACAAGCAAGCUAUUAUGUCCUUCAAGAACACACAAGAUAGCACUGCUUUUCCUUCACCAAGUCCACAUGCUUUCCAGAUUAAUUUUAACAGUUUGUACACAGCUUUGUGCGAACAGCAGAAAUCUGAUCAAGCGACUCUCCUUUUAUACAUGUUACUGCAUCAGAACAGCAAUGUUCGGACAUACAUGUUGGCCCGCACUGACAUGGAAAAUCUUGUUUUGCCCAUUCUUGAGAUUCUCUAUCAUGUUGAAGAAAGGAAUUCACACCAUGUUUACAUGGCUCUUAUAAUUUUGUUGAUCCUUACAGAAGAUGAUGGCUUCAAUCGAUCCAUUCACGAAGUGAUAUUGAAAAAUAUUACUUGGUACUCGGAGCGUGUUCUAACAGAGAUUUCACUGGGGAGUCUCCUUAUACUGGUGGUAAUAAGAACCAUUCAGUACAACAUGACAAGGACAAGGGACAAAUACCUUCAUACAAAUUGUCUGGCAGCCUUAGCAAAUAUGUCAGCACAGUUCCGUUCACUUCAUCAGUAUGCUGCUCAGAGAAUCAUCAGUUUGUUUUCUUUGUUGUCUAAAAAGCACAACAAAGUUCUGGAGCAAGCCACACAAUCCUUGCGAGGUUCCCUCAGUUCAGAUGGCUCUCCGCUUCCUGAUUAUGCACAGGAUCUGAAUGUGAUUGAAGAAGUGAUCCGAAUGAUGUUAGAGAUUAUCAACUCCUGCCUGGCCAACUCUCUCCAUCACAAUCCCAAUUUGGUAUAUGCACUGCUUUACAAGCGAGAUCUCUUUGAGCAGUUUCGAACUCACCCUUCCUUCCAAGAUGUAAUGCAAAAUAUAGACCUGGUGAUCAGCUUCUUCAGCUCCCGGUUAGAGCAAGCUGGAGCUGAGUUGUCAGUGGAGCGAGUUCUGGAAAUCAUCAAACAAGGAGCUGUCGCGUUGCCCAAAGAUAGGCUAAGGAAAUUCCCAGAGUUGAAGUUUAAGUAUGUGGAAGAGGAGCAGCCUGAGGAGUUUUUCAUUCCCUAUGUCUGGUCCCUGGUAUACAAUUCUGCCGUGGCGCUGUACUGGAACCCCCAUGACAUCCAGCUCUUUACUAUGGACUCUGGCUGAGGCGCAAGUGGCCAGAUGACAGAGCUAGCUCUUCUCUGUCUCACCUCGAGAGCAAACCCGAACACUGCGUGUUAAUACAUGAUCCCUCCUGGCGUGCGUCCUCUAAACCUGAACCUUACCGAGAAUGAAGAGCUUGCCACUCCUGUCCUGUCCAGCUUUGACGUCUUGCUACCAGGCUGCAGCAGGCAUGCUGGAAGCAGCUGCAGCGUGAGGAACUGACAGGGUUGUAUGCAACCUUUUAGACCUUAUCCUAUGAACACAAGGCCUUAGACAUGCAGUGCGAUGCUACCAACACCACCAAAGCAGAGCGCUCUAUACAGUACAGUGGGUAAAUAAGAGUUGGCAUUUGAUUUGGAACCAGUGUUUUUAUUUCCUGUAGGUAGCAGGGCAAGCUCUUCAAACACCAUUGGCUUCUGCAGUGAAGUAUUCAUCAAGUUGCUACCCUACCUCCUCGCAUGGCCCUUUACUUUGGUGACAUUGUAAUGACGGCAGUCUCUGCAGCAUUGUCUCAAUUGUCAUCCAAGUGAAUUAGCAGGCUGGAUAUUAACCACAGUUUGUUUCCAGACAGAGAGGCAAAACCUUUGAUUCGGAUAUCACAGUAUGUGUGGGAGGGUUUCAGUGAUAAGGAAUUGUCAAAACAGUUUGGACUUGUUUGUGUUCUUGAUAGGGCUAGAAACGCUAGCUUCCAAAGGAAAGUCCCUCCAGUCUUGCAUGUGGCAAGCACUGUCUCUGGAAACCAACCAGACAGACAGAUCUCCAAAGCAAAUGCCUUCACAUUUUCAAAGUCGACCUCUGUCCUGUAAAAGGUCUGGGCACUGUUGAUGGUGUCUGAGAAUCCCCAGUAAAGUGCUGGGUUAAAAAUCCCCUUGUCGCAGUCCAAGGGUUUCUAGUGGAGGGACGGAUUUAUCUGAAUGUGGACUGCUUCAAAAUGAAUGUUUUAACGUCCUUCUCUUGUACCCAGUUGAA